AUGGCCGCACCCGCACUUCCAGCUUCCCUCACACCUGCCCUCAGCGACCGCGAUGCCAUCGCUGACGCCCUCUACCGUGGCGUGAUCGCUUUUGACACCGCUGACGAUGCUCUCUUCAAAUCUGCCUUAACUGAUGACGCCGUCUUGGUCCUCAACGGCACCACCAUGGAAGGCUACGACGCCAUCUACAGCCAAUGCUACGCCAACAUCGCCAAGAUGGACACCAACCACUUCCUAACCAACAUGCGUAUCAACAUCACCGAAGAAUCAAAGGCUCAGGCGUCAUGCUCUGCUCUUUCUCAACACUACCGCGGUGGAGAGGGCAUGAAGCCCGGCUCCGAAUUCCUGCUUGCUGGUGGAUUAUACGCGGUCGAGCUGGUUAGAGAUGCUGGAGACGGAUUGUGGAAGAUUAAGCACUGGACGCUGAAGACCACUUGGGGACAAGGUGACUGGGGCGUUUUCGGGAAAUAG